GAGGGGGAGAGAGAGCACAGGUGCAGGCAGGAUCCAUGGCCAUGGCCGGAGGUGUGCUCGAUCUUCUACUGCUCGCCUUCUCCGCCUUCCAGCUCAGAUCACAUGGUGCGACGGCAGUGAAGUUCACCUUCCUCAACAACUGCCCGGAAACCGUCUGGCCGGCGACACUGACCUCCGGAGGCCGCCCGUCGUUUCCGACAACCGGUUUCGUCCUGGCACCGGGGGCCUCCCUCUCCUUCGCCGGCGUGGGUGCCACGUGGUCGGGCCGGGUGUGGAGCCGCUACCGGUGCACCACCUCCGGCGCGCGCUUCUCCUGCGAGUCCGGCGACUGCGGGACGGGCCAGGUCGAGUGCAACGGCGCCGGCGGCGCCCCGCCGGCCACUCUGGCCGAGUUCACCCUCGGCGGCGGCGCCGGCGCCGUCACGGACUUCUACGACGUGAGCAACGUCGACGGCUUCAACCUGCCCGUGGAGAUCGAGCCAGCCGGGGGGCGCUGCCAGAGUUCGUCGUGCCCGGCGGACAUCAACCGGGUGUGCCCAAGCGAGCUGGCGGUGAGAGCAACAUCUCCGUUGUCAUCGGCCAGGAACGGGAGCGGCGGCGGUGCCGUGGCCGCGGUGGUGGGAUGCAAGAGCGCGUGCCUGGCAUUCGGGACGGACGAGUACUGCUGCCGCGGGCGGUUCGCGUCGCCGGCGACGUGCGAGCCGAGCAGGUACUCGAGGCUGUUCAAGUCACAGUGCCCGCAGGCGUACAGCUACGCGUUCGACGACGGGAGCAGCACCUUCACCUGCAACGGCACCGUGGACUACCAGGUCACAUUCUGCCCCGGCCCCGGUUCGAGAAUCCAGGCCGUGCCACUGCCGCCCAAGGGGAACAGCUUAUAAACGGAUUGGUCAUGUCAAAUUGUCUAGUAGCCACAACUAUAUACGUGCCCACGUAAGUUAAAAGCUGUCCAUUUCAGUUGAUUUUAGCACGUAAUAGUGCAUUAUCAGAGGGAACAUACUUUCGUACAACCCAUUUGUAUAAUUCUGU